UGUGGUAUAUAGAUAGAAAAGUAUCGGUCCCAGUAUUGAACCUUGUAGUACGCCAUUUUUUAUUUCGUUUUCUAAUGAGGAUGAUGAGAUUUUUACAAUCUGACUUCUUCCUGUGAAAUGCUUCUUGAACCAUCCAACUUAAAAGUCAUGACAGUAACCAAAGGCAAUUGUAAUAUUCCGCAUGCUUAUCGAUGUAAAUUAUUACAUCCAUCUGUAUUUCGAAACCGACUAUAGUAGGUACGUCGAGUAAGCACAUUAUAAUCUGUAGAUUCCACUGAGUUUCUCUGUUUAAUGGAUCACGAUACUCGUAUACUAUAAUCGUAACGCAGGAGGUAGUGCAUACAGAAGAGGGGUUAGGUUGUUGACUCGCAAUUGUUAUGAAGAAAGUUGGUUGCCGUAAUAACGGUCGGCGUUCGAGAAAUUUAAUAAACGGCUUUGUUGAGAAAUUCGACUGUUGGUGAGGGGUAUUUUGUUGCUGUUCGGCGAAAUUGUUUUCCUGUGAUGUGUUUACUUCCCAACGACAUGGUCUUCCGUAUCUUGAUGUGCGUGGUGACGAUUGGAUAGGAUAUUUGUAGGCCGACAUCUCUAAAUGAAGUGUUUGAGUGAAAUUGUCGGCCUCCAUUUCGCAAAGGAAUAUGUCAUAGCUCCGGUGGAGGUGCCAUCGUUGCCGCAGCUUUUUUCCAAAGAAGACUGGGUCCUGUUGGAUGCGAUGGGAUCAUGUCCGACUGCGACCAGUUCUGGAAAGUUCCUUACGAUGCACAAGAGGCGGCGCAAAAAACUCACUACUCGAUCUUUAGUACAAGAUCAUGCAAUACUUGAUGACAUUCAUCAUGGCCAGGUUCAGAAAAUUCUAGACCGUUGUGGCAAAUGGGCAUUCAACGCCUUUACUCUAGAAACCGUUGCCGGUGGAAGAUCACUGCCCGUUCUAUGUGUUCAUCUAUUCCACUGGUACGGCUUAUUGGACUACUUCCAGCUAGAUGUCGUACAAGUGUGGAAACUCUUUACUCUUAUAGAAGAAGGGUACCACAGUACGAAUCCUUAUCACAAUUCCAUUCAUGCGACUGAUGUAACUCAAGCAAUGCACUGUUUUUUACAAGAAGAUAAGAUCAGACAACACGUUACACCCUUAGAAGUUAUGGCCGCUCUCAUCGGUGCCGUUGCUCACGAUUUGGAUCAUCCGGGCGUGAAUCAACAUUUUCUCAUAUCCACUUCCAAUCAUCUUGCCAUUUUGUAUCAAAAUAAGUCGGUAUUAGAAAAUCAUCACUGGCGAUCGGCGAUCGGUUGUCUGUUGGAGAGCGGAAUGGCCGAGCAAUUGAGGCCUUAUCGGACUGAUCUGGAACAACAAAUACGUGAUCUCAUUUUAGCAACGGAUAUUAAUAGGCAGCAAGAAUUCCUGACAAAAUUCAAAAAACACUUAGACGAAGGCACUUUAGAUUUAAGGCAGCCCGAACAUAGACAGUUUAUCAUGCAGAUCGCGCUAAAAUGCGCCGAUAUAUCGAAUCCGACGCGGCCGUGGGAAAUCUCACACAAAUGGAGUAUCAAGGUGUGUGACGAAUUCUUCAGGCAAGGGGAGUACGAGAGAAAACUCAAUCUUCCAGUCACUUCCAUUUGCGACCAGCAGUCGACGUCCGUUGCUAAAAUUCAAGUCGGAUUUUUCAAAUUUGUCGUCACGCCGCUAUUCUCCGAAUGGCACAGGUUUUUGAAGAGCACCCUGUCGACGUACAUGAUGAGAGUUCUGGAGGAAAACAGGAAGCGAUGGGAAGCUCAAGAAAACGCGGAACAGGCUGAAGAAACUCAAACGGAGUUAUCGGACGCUGAAGUCGAGGGAAGUGACGAAGAUGAACCUGCGAAACGUUCCUUGGAGACACCCAGCAUACAAGAUUUUAUACCAUCUCCACCAAGGGAAAUGAGAAGACAAUCACUAGCGGUGCCGACGCUAGAAUCUUUGGGCGUAAGAAGACACUCUGUGCCAGUCAAUAUGGAGCAGUCACUGCCAAGGACGAUUUACAGGAGAGAAAGUCUGCCUACUGGCAGGGGUAUCACAUUCAGCCGAACGCCAGUCAGCCCUCAGACUGAAUCCAGAGCUUCCAGUGGCCUUAGGGAAGAAGACGAACUGCUACGGUAUGCCUCCCAGUCGUCUGAGAUAUCAUCCAGCAGCCCUCAUCAUUCUUCCGAGGAUAAUCCAGAGAGGCCUUUGAGCGCUGAAAAUCUAUUGCCUGAGCCCAGCAUAGCUUCCAUGACAAGUAGCGCUGCAGUCGGAAGACUCACGUCUGUGUUACAAGGCGGUCCCACUCCGCAGACUAAGUGUCUCACUCGGCAGCAGACUUUCCCUCCUCCCCAACCGUACGUGAGAAUGAGGUACAUGUCAGCGACAGCUGAGAUGAGCACUUGCCCUGAAACUCCACAUGAAGGAGACAGUAGAUCAAAUUCUUCCCACGGCUCACAAGAAAACAUAUCAAACUCGAAUAGCAUCCCCCACUAUACGAUACCUUCCAUAGCGGUAUUGAGUCCGAACAACAGCCGCCCCCCGGACAUGCUGCUUACGGAGGCGUCACCUUCGACGUCGCCGCCACAAAAAUCUUCCCUCGGGAGUAACAAGAGAGAAACCGAAUCCAAUGACAAAGACAAAAACGCCAAGAUGGUUAAGCUGUCCGAGCCCGGGCAGCGCUACGAGAAAGAAAAUGUUGAUCCCAGGAGAGUACCCACCACGAGUCUGGCAAGAAGGAGAGGAUCUGCACCAGUCACACUUCCCGUAUCGAAACCAGAAGAGAAGAUUCCUCCCGCGGGCGGGGGGUUGAUUCCUUCGGACGCACAGUCCUUGCGCAGAGGAUCAGUGCCAAUCGAAAUUGCUCACUACCAUCCCAUCGAUGACGAAAAUCUCAUGAACCAGCCUCUCAUCACACCGGUAGAAACCACCAAGUCGUUUUGGCAGUACCAGCGUCGCGGUUCGGCUCCGAUGGCUCUGCCGCCAAUAUCCGGCGGGGGCGAAAGACGCGACCAGCUGACAAGGCACACCAGCCUGAACGGCAAGUCGAGCCGCAGAAAAAAACAACUGAGGAGACGCAGCUCGGGCGGGCCCGAGACCGUCUUUCUUCCGGAAUCGCAUUCUGAAGUCAUUUCACGACUUUUGCUACAUCGGAGACCUGAGAAUCCUGAAGCGCUGCUGGUUCGGCGAAGGGGAUCACUGCCAAUCGAAGUCCUGACUGUUGGGCACUCUGGUGGUGUUUUGACGGUUACCCCUGUCGCCGUUAGGGCUCUGGACAUCACCGUCCAAUGUGCAAUAAGGACCAACAUUCACCGACUGACAUCCACCUUCAUUAGUUAGCUCAUUAUUUAUAAUCAUCAAACUGAAAGCCAAAUAAUCAUAAAUGUUCUAGUUGUCACUAUGAUUGUUAGAAUUUUUACGUUAUGAACGUGCAGUACGUGUGAAGAAUAGUUUCUUAGAAUUUCUUCGACGGAAAAUUGGAACGUAGUUUCGUAAUUUAAUUUAUUCUUCAGUUUCUUUGUUUGUAUUACUUUUUUUAUAUACAUAUAGUUCAUGUGUGAACGUCUACGAUUUUUUAUGUACCUUAUUUUUGUUCUGUUGUUAAGUUUGUGAUUUUUUUGUGCAAUUCGAGGACGGUUUUUAUAUACAUAUAAAAGUAUACUUGAAAAUUUUGUAUUGAAUCGACUACUAUAAACCCCAACUUUUUUUGAAGUUCGAUUUUAGAAUUUGCAAAGAUUUUACGUAUGACUUUGGUCAAUGAUGUUUUUAUUUGGAUUUCAAAGUGACGAAAUCUUUGCAAAAAAAAAGAUGCAUAAGUUAUAAUAUCAUAUACUGACCCUCAUAACUCAGUAAUAGAAAUAAUUGUUGAAUGUGAUUCAUUUUGUAAUGUGCUGUAUACUGUAUGUAUCGUAGUAGAUUGUUGCGGAAUUUAGAGAACAAAUCCAAGACUUGAAAGGGGUCUGCCAACCCUUCAAAACGCAGGAAAUUCAAAGAGCUGCAACGCUGUUCAGAUCACUUUGAAUUUUCUAACGGCGGGUAAUCAAAACAAUCUUAGGAUAAUGAUGAACCUUACCAGUCGCAAACGUUAAUUCAUCUAAGUUAUUGAAUCACACAAACCUUUUUUGUUUAUCGUCAUCAGAGGUACACUGCAGAAACAGGCAACUUUUUUCAAUCAAGAAUGGGUCGUCAGGCAAUAGUGUGUCGAAUUCUAGACCAACGAUGAAUGAAUAAUUUCCAAAAACCAUCACUUUUUCCAAUCACCAGAACUUCAUCUUCUCAACGAAAACUUCAUCCACUGAAGACACCAACUUUGUUGGUGGAACGCGCGUCGAGGAAGAGUACUGCAGUUCUGGUGUUUGGUAUUCUCCAGAUCAAAACUUGAACGGAAUUGAAAUGAGUUGCCUUGAAAAUUUCUGAUACAGAAUUGAAAAACCGCACAUAGGUACAAAAAACAGAUUAUUUUCGAAAUUUCUCAAUUAUUUAUAUUUAUUAGGAUAUUAAUAUUGAACAAGAAUAAAUAUACCAAUUUCUUUCAAAAAGUCGCCAUUUUCAUUUGACAUUUCAAACCAACUGUUGAGUUCUGCAAAAUACUACCAUUCUUUAUUUUAUCGUCAGUAUAAACCUAAAAAAUAUUAAAAACAGUGCUUCACUGGGUUUAAUGUUGAGGCUAUUUUAUUUCACCACUUUAUCAAUACUACAAAAUAUUUCAUUAGUAGUAAAAAUAUACUAUUUUCAGAAAACAGUGCUCUGCUGGAGAUCACAAAGUUUAUAACUUAGGAGUGACUAAUAGUCUGUUCAUUACGAAUUGGCUGAAAGUCCGUUGGCGUGAUUACAAUUCAGGAGUGGCUAAUGAUCCACCAAAGUGCAGGUCACAGAAAGAUCUUCACCAUACACCUUAGUUUCUUUAAAAAUAUCAGUUCAUAACGUUUUUAUCCAUGGUAAACGAAACAAAAAUUAUCACAAAUAUCAAACCACUAAACUGACCAGUUUUUCAAACUAAUGAUUACAUCUGACGAAAAGAGUGUUUUUUUUUUAUGGUUUCAUGUAUUACCACUUUAUUCCAGUUUUCCUAUACACAUUUUCAUCACUAUUUUUUCAACAGUAUGGUAUUUUUUAAUUGAGACAGAAGAGUAGUUUCUUCAAUAACAAUGAAAAAAUGGUUCAACAAGUAACAAUUUGAUACAGUCAAUUUUUAACGUGUGAAAAGCUCAUAGAAAUCAAAAUAAUGCAUUGGUUUUGCUAGUUGCAUUUCAAACAGUAGCAUCAUUUUAUAAUCGGCAGUCAUUUAUGUAUAUUGCUCAUAAAUUACUGUUAUCCAAUAUUCCAGCUGGAAAAAAUUAUAUAUAAACAGAUUUUAUUCAAAAUUAUAAGGUUUAAUUGAGUUCUCUGGGAACUCUUACUGUAAGAAAAUGUUUAAAAUGAAUUUGCUUCUUCCAUUCACAUGAUUUCAGUUCUGUAUUGGAGAAUUGACUUUGCUUUGGUACUUCAGUAUGAUGAUAUCAUUCAGGUGAUCGAAAAUGAAACAAACUACAAUUUAGGACCAUACAGUUGAACUAACAGGGUUAAUUAUAAAAAGUGUUUUUAAAAUAAGACUGCUAGAGAACGACAUUUAGGGAGGUAUACAGACAGGAGCAGAUAAAGUCUACAACCUAUUGUUACGCUUAAAUCUGAGUUCAACAUGAGUACUCAUCGUUUGUGAAAUGGUUGAAUAAAUAAAAAUUCAUGUUUUCAAA